CCCAGCCGCUUGCUGAGUCACUCAGAUGGACAGAUUGAAACUGGGCCAUCAUUAAACUGCUUUAGAUCCUCUGAGGUGUGAUUCUGAUGAAAAAUGGAAAAUGAUGCAAGAUUACACUUGGACGUCAGUGUUGAUGAGCGCUUCCCUCGGCACGGCAUCACAAAACUUCUUAAAAAACUGAGACCACAAUGGAAACCAGAAGAUGUUCAGAUCAAGGCCUUCACUGAGGGAAUCACCAACCAGUUAAUGGGCUGCUAUGUGGGCUCUCUGACAGAAGAUGCUGUUGUUCUGGUGAGAGUGUUUGGACUGAUGACUGAGCAGUUUUUGGACCGAGAGAAGGAGAUGAAGAUGUUCAGGGUUCUACACAAACACGGCUGUGGUCCACAGUUGUACUGCAGUUUCACCAAUGGCAUCUGCUAUGAGUUUGUCAGAGGAGUUGUGUUGGAUGAUAUGUUCCUCAAGGAGCCGUCUGUUUACAGGUUGAUUGCAACAGAAAUGGGUAAAAUCCAUUCCAUCAAGUCUGGAGAGAUUGGAAACAGUUCACUGAUGACACCAGUUUUGUGGUCUAGAUUGUCCAAGUUCCUGACAUUGGCUCAGAGUUCUGAUGAUCCAGUACAGACUAGAUCAAGUGGCCAUCUGGAGGUACCCAGCAUGAAAACUAUCAUCAAAGAAAUAGAGGAACUGAAGAGUCAUCUUAACCAUAUCGACUCCCAAGUAGUGGUGUGUCAUAAUGACCUCCUGACUAAAAAUAUAAUCUACAACCAAGAAGAAGGCACAGUAAAAUUCAUUGACUAUGAGUACGCCGAUUUAAAUUACCAGGCUUAUGACAUUGGAAACCAUUUCAAUGAAUUUGCAGGUGUCAAUAACGUUGACUUCAGCCUCUACCCAAGUCGUGAGCUUCAAUUUGAUUGGCUUACUGCUUACUUGGAGAGUUUCAAGAGGUCCAGUGGUUUAGAGUCAUUUGUCACUAAGAAAGAGGUCAAAGAGCUUUACGUAAAAGUCUGCAAGUUCUCUCUGGUGGCUCAUUUCUUCUGGUGUCUAUGGGCUCUGGUUCAGGCUAAACAUUCCACCAUUGACUUUGACUUUCAGGGAUAUGCUAUGGCCAGAUUGAACUAUUACUUCGAGAAGAAGCAGGAGUUCUUUGAAAUGACACUUCAAUAACUCUGCAUGGAGACUCUAAAGAGUUGCUGCACAGGUCAAUGAAUGGAUCAUGUCUUGAACAAAGAUAACUACCUUCCACAAGGAAAACAAAUGGACUUGGAAGACAUUUCUUGGCAUUUUUGAAAUGACAAAAUAAAACAAAACCUAUAAGUAUAAUCUGGAAUCAGAUUUAAAAUGAGAAAGUAAAUAAUUCGGAAAGGAGCACAAGGGAGUUGUAAAAUGUCCACUGAAGACCUGUUUUACCCAUGUGUGCCCAGGUGCAGUUUAUUAAAAUAUAUAAAAUCAAAUAAACAAAACAUUACCAGAUAUAA